GUUACCAGUUGAGUUCCUAUAUCCGGCGAGGCGAAAGAGUGUGGAACCUUGGGGUUGACAUGGGCACAUCCUGCAUCCUUAUCGCCAAGCUCUCCGGAAACCUGAACGGAACCGUCUGCAUUGAGCCGAACACGCUGGUUCUACCCAAGUCCCGAGAAAGCUUGGCGAGGAAUGAGGUCGAGGAUGUCCGUGUGGUGCACGGCUUGGUCGCCGAUGCAUCUCAUUGCCCCCAGGGAGUGCCAUUUUACGGAGUGGAUGAAGAGCUCCAUGCUGAGACGGGAUCUGCAAGACGGCUUCCUCGAGAGAUGUCUUAUGAAGGAAUGAGCUACACCGUUGAGAGCUGCUUCAGCCUGCCGUACUUGGCAUCCAAGUUCGGGACGCCUUCAGUGCUGUUUGCUGAUUGCGAGGGCUGCCUACCCAGCAUCUUCCGGCAGUUCCCAUCUUUUUUCUCCAGACCAGAUCUUCGCAUGAUCAUCUACGAAAUGGAUGGGGACCUCUACUCUUACAAGAAGCUUCAUGAGUCUCUGGUAGACGCUGGAUUCAAGAUGUUGGAGUUUGGCUUCGUGUGCGUCUGGUCGCGGAACUUGAUCCCCGUCCUGAACCUAUGGCCGGUAUACCACAAGCUCCGAGGCAGCCUUUGUGAGCCAGGGGGCUUCUUGACGUGCUGCGUGCUGGCGCCGCUGUGCCAGGGCGAUGGGAACGUGAAGGACUGGCGUCUGUUUGGCGGUCUCUAUUACCCCAGCGACUGGGUGACGCCACGACAUGAGCUGUCAAACUGGUCAAAGCACGGCUUUUACACCCUCAUGAAGUGGUUCUUCCUCAUAGCUCUGAUCGCCUGGCCAGCGGCUCUGCGUGCUUCCGAGUCAGAGAAGGCGGCAUGUAGGCACAUGGGCACCAUCUUCUCUGCCAGCCUUGUGGCUGGAUACCUUCUUUCGGAAAUCUGUGGCAUGUUCGGGUAUCCUGGUGAUCCCGAGAUGUUCAUCUGGGUGGUAUCCGUAUUGGCAACAGUUGGAUUAUCUGCUUGGGCCAUGCAGUCCGCCCCCCGAAAACCUGCUCGGGAGGAUUCAGGUGCUGUCUGA